AUGGGAUCCCACACGGCUGAUGAUGCUCACACCAAGCCAGACCCUAAGUCUCAGAAGCUGCUCAGCGACCUGCCUAUGUCCCUGCGACUUCGCACACGGCCCUGGUGGUUCCCAAUUGAGGAACUCAGCAAUCCUAUGGUGUUCUACAUGGAAGCCUCGGUGGCAGAAAGGAUCAUUGGCCGAGACCAAGCCGAAAUGACAGAAAUAGAGUGGAUGACCCAGGCCUUAAUAAGAGUGGACCCGGGCAACUCUGAGAACCUAGCUGAAAUCACCAUCUAUGGACGACCCAGUGCACAGACUCGAAUGAAAAAUAUUCUCAUGCACAUGUCGAUCUGGCAAAAAGACUCGGAAGCCCGAAGAGCAAAGAAGAUAAAACAAGUUGAAGAGUUCUUGAAAGCUCAUGCCGACGCGAUGAUAAGCAACUCAAGUAUCAAAGGGCAAACUGGGCUCAAGCCGCCUGGCAGCCCGCUUCCGCUGGAGUGA